CUAGCAAAUAGUCAAAUACCCAAUUCAACCAUUGAAAUUAACGGAUUCAUUGUAGAUAAGGUCUGAGGUCUGGAGUCUGAACCGAGAAUUUAAGAAUCCGUUUAAAAUGGGUUGACAUGGACCGACCCGAAUCCAGAUCUUCGUAAUCCCUGUCGCGGCCGGCAAAGCCCUCUGGUUCAAACUUCAGAGUACAGCACAACUAUGGAGCGCAAUGUAUGUUUCUUCUCCUCAUCCACUGUCUUUCUCGGCUCACCGCUCACCCAUUCGAAGAAAUUCCCUGAAGAACUGAGAAAUCAGACGAGUAAAAAAGUCCUCAGAAUUUUCGCAGCGAAGUCUAUCCCGGAGAUUGCUUCACAAGAAGUACGAAAAGGCUCCAAGAAGGAUCUCUCCCGGCUUCUCCGAACGGAGGCGGCUAUCAAAGCUAUUGAGAGUAAAGCAAACUCUAGCAAGUACAAUAAUCUCUGGCCGAAGGCUGUCUUGGAGGCUCUUGAUGAUGCUAUUAAGGAAAACCAUUGGGAGUCUGCGCUAAAGAUUUUUGGUCUGCUCCGUAAGCAACAUUGGUAUGAGCCAAGAUCUAGGACAUAUGCAAGGCUUUUUGUAAUGCUUGGUAACUGCAAGCAGCCAAAUCAAGCCAGCUUACUUUUUGAGAUAUUAAGGUCAGAUGGGCUUCAACCAACAGUGGAUGUUUACACCGCACUUGCAAGUGCAUAUGGUCUUAGUGGCUUAGUUGAUGAAGCAUUGCAUUUGAUUCAUGAUAUGAAUUCAGUCUCGGAUUGCAAGCCUGAUGUCUAUACUUACUCAAUACUCAUCAAAUGCUGCACAAAGUUCCAUCGCUUUGAUAUGAUUGAUCAAAUUUUAGGUGAAAUGUCAUAUUUUGGAAUCCAAUGUAGCAAUGUGACGUACAAUACUAUAAUCGAUGGGUAUGGAAAAGCUAAUCUUUUCGAGAAAAUGGAAUACUCUUUGCUAGAGAUGAUCAAGAGUGACACGAGCCUGCCUGAUGUAUUCACUUUAAAUUCAGUUAUUGGGUCUUAUGGUAAUGGUGGAAACAUUGAGAAAAUGGAGAAGUGGUUUGAUGAGUUUCAGCUUAUGGGAAUAAAGCCUGAUAUCAUGACAUUUAACAUACUAAUUAAGGCUUAUGGGAAAGCGAAGCUAUAUGAAAAAAUGGGACUUGUGCUUGAUUACAUGAGGAAACGGUUCUAUAUUCCAACAAAUGUGACUUAUAAUAUAGUUAUUGAGACAUUCGGCAAAGUGGGGAAUAUUGAUAAGAUGGAAGAGUUUUUCUUCAAAAUGAAGCAUAAGGGAAUGAAACCUAAUUCAAUCACAUAUUGCUCUCUGAUUAGUGCUUAUAGUAGAGCCGGAUUCUUAGAAAAGGUUGACUCAAUUAUGAGGCAAGUAGAGAACUCAGAUGUGGUUUUGGAUACCACAUUUUUUAAUUGUGCUAUCAAUGCUUAUGGCCAAGCUGGUGAUAUAGAAAGGAUGGCUGAGUUGUUCUUCAAAAUGAAGGUCAAACAAUGCAGACCAGACAAUAUCACCUUUGCUACCAUGAUAAAGGCAUACGAUGCACAAGAGAUGUUUGAGGCUUCUAAAGAUCUACAAACUAGAAUGCUCUCUGCUAGCGACUCUCUAGAGACAAAGUUAAUUGAAUCGCCGCUUGAUUAGUUGGCUGUUGGCGUGUGGAGGGGUAAACCUCUUGGACUUCUUACUCUGGGAAGUUCUACGCAUGUAUCUUACUCUGGAAGACUGGAAGUAUUGCAUAUAUACUCAAGCAUCUUACUUGAUACUCCGUCUGUUCCAUAUAAAGGUUCUUAUUUUCCUUUUCUGGACAUCCCAUGUAUAGGUUCACAUUUCUAUUUUCGGAAACACUUACCACUCUUAAAUGACAAUUUAAUCAUCAAAUAUUAAAAAUAAUACAUCUAUAACAUCAUUUUUAUCACCAUUAACCCCGUUAUAUUAUAUACCUACCAAAAUUAUUUCUCAAAAUAUACUUAAAUUACCGUAUUUAAUUAAUGUCUAAAUAACCGUGCCAUUUUGCUAUGAGAACCUUUUAACGGUACGAAUGUAGUAUUAAUCUUGUACGGUGAUGUGUUUUGACAUGAACCGAUAUAUGUUCCCCUAAACCCGAUCCAUCCUCGUGCGGCAGACUGUGGUAGAUUUAAAAAAUCAUACUUACUCCGGAUAUAUCAUACGGAUUACUCUUGUCCAUUAUAACUUUGUCAAGUUUGACCGACUCAAGGAAUAAUAAAGUAUAAACAAUGUGGUUGGGAUUUGUAUAAAUGAGAAAAAAAUAAUAGGAAUCAUAAAUCAAUUGUUAAAAGAGGAAAAUGACAAGGUUUUUGGGGGCAAUCAAACAAUGAAAGGUGACAAAAUUACGAGAGACAGAGGAAGUAUUUUUUAAAAAAAAAUUAUGAAGUUUAUUAAACAAGCAUAAAUGAAAAACAAAUUAUACAUUUCUCGAUCAACUGGUUUUUACUGAACAUGAUGCAUUGCAUCAAUUGGGUUUUACUAGUUAAUCGACCAAAUCCGUGCGAGUUGGUCGAUUAACUAAUAAAACUCAGAUGACCGAGUCAAAAUUCUUCGGUAGAAAUCAGUUGACUGGGUCAAAACCCAUUUUGAAGGUUGUUUGUUUGAAGUCAUUUGACAUAUUAAAAUUGUAAUCUUAACUUUAUAAAAUAUGUAUUGACAAAAGUAGAACCCUAACUUUUCAAUUGAUAAAAACAGGACCAAUUUUUAUUUACGACAAAUAAGUGGCUUAAAUAAGAUAGAAGGACCAAAAUACUCGCAUAUAUCUAUCUCCCCAUGAAACCUUAAAGGCCAGCGAACAGGUUUCAGAGUGCCACUUCAUCCUCGUUCAACCGAUGCCAUCUUUAUCGACUUCCACCAUGUGAGGGACGCUCCUACAGGGGUGAUGAUGAAUCCAACACCAGUGAAUGUGGCUCCACCCGUGGCGAAGACAGCGACUCCACUACCAGUGAAGGCGACUCCACUACCAGUGAAGGCGACUCCACUACCAGUGAAGGCGACUCCACCAUGAAGACCUCAAUGUUAGAGUCAACUACAAUCGACUUACAUCUUCAUCUUCUCUGAAUUCAACAAGCAUAAGGGGCGGCGUGGCUGGGGAACAAAUUAUGGCUAUGGUUCUGCAUGAUUUCAAGAUAUUGAGGACGGAUUCAUGGGGUAUCCGUCCAAUGAAGUCAGUACCUAUGCUCCAGUUUGGGGGGUAACAGACUACUGUGGUGUGGCUCCAAAGUUGUGUCAUUGGAGGCAUGGUCGAUUGUUGAUUUGAGCGGUAUAAUUGGGCGAUCAAAUGAUGUCCCAAGGCUUCACUGGGAGUGUCACGGGCUUUUGGGCUGAGGCAGUAGUCUCAUUAAGUCACUGUGCAGUGCUAUCACCGGGCGAGCCACGCGUCUAGUACACUGGAUCACAGAAGUCGCUAUCAAUUGACCAUCACUUUUAGAUGGUCAACCAAAAAUGGAGAUAAAUAAAAUUCAAAACCAAUCAUUAUGUGGGAACUUACUUUUGUUGAUGUGAUUUCUGAUAUAGUUUGUGUGAUGAAUCUCACAUUCAUGUAUACUAGGUACUCUCCAUUAAUUUAAUUUACCUAUUUUGUUUGCGC